AAAAUGAAGGAUCGUCUUGGGGCACUUAAAGCGGUCCAAUCAGAAGAAGAACAUGAAGACGUUGCUGCCGCAAUGGAAGCUAGUCAAAGCCAAUUUAUGGAAGAAUUUUUUGAGCAAGUUGAGGAAAUUCGUGGAAGUAUUGAUUUAAUUGCUUCGAAUGUUGAAGAAGUAAAAAAGAAACAUUCUGCGAUUCUUUCAAAUCCUGUGAAUGAUCCAAAAACCAAAGAAGAAUUGGAUGAAUUAAUGGCAGAAAUUAAGAAGACUGCAAAUAAAGUGCGGGGAAAGCUUAAAUUAAUUGAAAAUAGUAUAGAACAUGAUGAAAGUGGAGGUAUGACUAGCGCUGAUUUGCGAAUUCGAAAAACACAACAAGCUACACUUUCAAGAAAAUUUGUUGAAGUAAUGACGGAUUAUAACAAAACACAAACAGAUUAUAGAGAGCGUUGUAAAGGAAGAAUUCAGAGACAAUUGGAUAUUGCGGGUAAAAAAGUUGGCGAUGAAGAUCUUGAAGAAAUGAUUGAAUCUGGAAAUCCUGGUGUUUUUACUCAAGGAAUAAUUACUGACACACAACAAGCAAAACAAACAUUGGCUGAUAUUGAGGCUAGACAUAAUGAUAUUAUGCGAUUAGAAAGUAGUAUAAGAGAAUUACAUGAUAUGUUUAUGGACAUGGCAAUGCUUGUUGAAUCUCAGGGUGAAAUGGUUGACAGAAUAGAAUAUAAUGUGGAACAUGCAAAAGAAUUUGUAGAUAGAGCUGUGGCCGAUACAAAAAAGGCUGUUCAAUAUCAAAGCAAAGCGAGAAGAAAAAAAAUCAUUGUAAUCAUCUGCGUGCUUAUUCUUCUUGCUAUUGCAUGUCUCUUUAUACUUUCUUUUGUGCCAAAUCCAUUUUGAUGUCAUCAGAGGAGAUGGAGUUUAACAUAAAAAUUCAGGGCACUUUUUUAAAUUUUUAAAUUUGCAAUAAAUUUAUUUAUGACCAUUUUGAGUCCUUUUCUGUUGUGUUCCCUUAAAGUCCGCAAGUUUUGUCCGCAAGUCAUUUCUUUAAAGGGAAUUAUUCCCUAAAAAGUUAGUGGACUUUGGGGACACAACAUCGAACAAAAAUUCUCGGUUAUCAAGAGUCGAGAUUUUUCUAGAUAUCGAUCUAGAUUUUCGGAUGACCUUCCUAGCAUGGCUGUCCGGGUGUGAAAAAAAAUUUUCCGCUGUCCGCAAUUUUAAUUUUAAAAUCCGUAGCAGCAAUCCGCAGUCCCCAAGCCAAAAAACCACGCAAUUUACACAGUCCGCAACUGCGGACACCCCUGCUUCCCAAUCCGGUCUCGAGCAUUACCUAA